AUGGCAAUUGUAGCUACCAUAGGGCACGUUGCUCGCGAUUUCGUGGGAAAAUGGUACUUGGUUAUCCCUGUUUGCGUUUGUCUCUAUUUUCUCAGGAAUCGCUAUGGCAGAGGCCUUCGUAGGAUCCCAGGACCAUUUCUACAGUCAUUUUCGAUGAUUCCAAGGGCUUGGCAGGUCUGGCAAGGGAAUAUCCAUCAACGCGACUUAGAAUAUCACCAAAAAUACGGAAAGCUUGUCCGCAUUGGCCCAAGACUGUUGUCCCUUUCCGACGUUGAUGAAAUUAACACAGUGUACGGUAUCACGACGAAAUUCUACAAGUCUUCCUUCUACGACCCUUCCACACCAUACGACGAAGAGGGGAUCGUGCCGGAUCCCUUCAUUCUAAAAGAUAAAAUGAUGCAUUCGCGCAUGAAACGCAAUGCCGCGAAUGCAUACUCGCUCAGCUCAGUGUUACAGUUGGAGGCUUACGUUGAUGAAGUUGAGGAAAAACUAUUCAAGCUCCUCGACCGGGAAGCAGAGAAUCCUGAAAACGUUGUUGCAUUUGACCACUACUUGCAUGCAUUUGCAAUGGAUACUAUUUUCAUGAUUAGCUUCGGCAAAAGCUUGAAUAUCCUGGAAAAUGGAGAUGAACAUAAAGUUAUGGCAUGCUUCGACACAAUUAUGCCAUAUAUGGCUACGAUUGGCCAGAUGCCAUGGCUGCACAAGUUCCUUGUUGGAAAUUCCUUCAUGGCCAAGCUUAUCUUGGGAGAUAUGACUUUCGAAACAGGCCUGAUGAAGAUUGCCUCAUCCCAGGUCGAAGGGUUCAAGAAGAACCUAGACCAACGAUCUGAAGAAGGACCAUGCACAUUUACGGAACGCCUAUUACUCAAUCAGAAAUCGAACCCAGACUCCAUAACCGAGCGAGAACUGAUCACGCAUGCGCUUGGAAAUAUUACCGCUGGUGGGGACACAACGUCAAUCACUCUUCGUUCCAUUUUCUACUUCUCGCUUCGGAACAAAGAGUCAUAUCACCGUCUAUGUCACGAAGUGCGCAGCAACUGUUCUCUUCCGGUGGCUUAUUCAUCGGCCCAAAAACUCCCUUACCUGAACGCUGUGAUCAAAGAAGCGUUGAGACUCCACCCACCGAUGCCAAUCAUGCUGGGCCGCACCGUGCCCAAGGGUGGUGCUGAGAUCUGUGGCCACUAUAUCAGAGAGGGCACGGAAGUCGGCAUACCUUCUUACGUUCUGCACAGAGACCCAGCCAUUUUCACUGACCCCGGUGCCUGGAAACCUGAAAGGUGGCUGGAAACAGAGACUGGUAAGGACCGUCUUGCGAGCAUGAAUCGGGCUUUUUUCGCGUUUGGGGCUGGCCCUCAUACGUGUAGCGGUAGACAUAUCAGCAUGAUGGAGAUUGUCAAGUUGGUCCCCUCGCUGCUCCUCAAAUACGACUUCGAGCUAGCUUUCCCUACUCGCCCUUGGACUUUCCGCGUUUCUAUGUUAGCGCCGCAGAAAGGGGUUAAUGUAACAAUCAAGAAGAGAGUUUGA